GCUGUUUCUAUUUACAUUCUGAUUUUGUUAAUUUGUCUGCAGGCUAUUAGUUAAAAUAAUUAAAAACAAAAAUGGAAUCACCCCGAGAUAAUGACGUCAAAGCCAAGCGUAUCCGUUGCAACCCAACCCGUAGAUGGGCGGCAGCAGAAGAGAAGUCUCUAAUUGAGUUUCUGUUGGAAAAUCGGCAACUUGAGAAGCCGUCCGCUCAAGCUUACUAUAAGCAGUUCUGCAUGGUGCGUUCUAAAGUGCGGAACAUGAGAGUGAGCUACAACAAAGCGAAGACAUGGGAAGGCUCGACGGGAGCAGGUAGCAUGGGUGGCGAAACUAUUAAAAGUACUCUACUAAAAAUGUGCACUUUUUUUUACGAGCUCGAAGACAUUUUUGGGAGCAGAGUUAGUGAAUGUGCCGCAAUCGAAGAUACGAUGACCGCUGAGUAUUUGGAUUUUGAAGGUGCUGUAGAAACUCAGAUAGCAGUACCGAUUGAAGAACCGGAGAGCUCCCAAGGCCCAGAUUGUGUGUUACAUUUAAAUGGUAACGAAAGUUCUGCCGAAAUUAGUUGUACGCCAAGUACGAGCCGUAAGGGCAUAUACAGCAGAACGGGGGUUUCGGAAAUAAUGAAACUCCAAGCCGAAGUCAUUAGUCAUUGGCAGCAAGAGACAGGGAGUUAGUUAUAAGGGAAAGAGAAUUGGUGUUAAAAGAAAAGAAUUUUGAUUCGAAAGAAAGGAAUUUUAAAAGCGAAGAAAAGCUGAAAGUUCUUGAGCUCGAAACGAAAGAGCGAUUAGCUAUGGAAGAGCUUAAGCUUAAAUAUAAACAAUUAUUUUUACGUAACUUAAAUGAUUUAAGGUAAUAUAGUGGCGAGCACAAAUGAGUAUAUGUAUAGUGAUUUUUCUUACAAUAUUCGCAAUGCUUUUCAUGAUAAAUUUUUUCAUAAAUAAGCUCUGUAAUAACGCUGCGAUAGUCCGGAGUUUAAAUAUGUAAACAUUUUAAUUACAUAAGGUGUUUGUCAUAUCUAAAACAACAAAAUCUAAUGUAAUAAUUUUUUAUAAAAGUAUAGCUGAUUCUAUAAU